AUGUCGCGCGUACCCGUAGCGUCGUGGCGUCUGGGGUUGUGGUUGUGUGUCCUCUUUAUGUAUAUCGCUUUUGCCACCGCUGCGAUCGCGUCCUCGGCUCUGAAGGUGGACUCAAACGCGGCGGACGAGCUCCCAUCCCCGUGCGGGCACGGCCAGGUAGCCUCCGAGCAAAGCGAUCUCCCUCUCACAUACAUGACGCUGCGUAGGAACAGCAACGGCCUACGCUAUCAGGUCGAAGUGAACCUCAAGCGACUGAAUGCGUCGGCCACCACUGACCAGCGCGCCGUCGAGCCGCGGGCCGCCGUCACGGUCAGCAGCGACAGCAUGGACUCCGGGUGGGCCCCCAUCCGCAUUGCCGUCUUCACGCCCGAUCUGGAAGACCAAUCGAAGUACUGCACGGCAGUUGGCCAGAUGCGCCCCGAUUCCAGCGGCUCGCUGGUACGGUGCAGCAGUGUCGCUGAUCUCUUGACGGAUGCAAAAAAGAGAACAUUGAUCAGCUCGAUACUGCCCCAGGCAGUCAGCAUGCAUGCGCAGCGGCUGAAGGUGCGUCCUCCAGCGGCCGACACCACCAUCGUAGUGAACACCAUGCCGGGGUCACACUGUGGCUCGUUCACAGUCCCGCCGGCGCACCGGACAGUCGGCGUGCCAGACGCGGAUUUUGUCGUCUACGUGGCAGCGGGUCCGACAUCUACUCCGAGGAGCUUCAUGGCGUGGGCUGUCACCUGUCAGUACUACCCCAACACGGCCACGAUCACGAGCCGCCCAGCCGUGGGGGCGGUCUACUUCAACCCACGCUACCUGCCUACCUCGAUAGGGGAGACGCAGGAGGAGAUCGACCUAUACGGGGGCAGCCCGUUUGGUAGCACGAAUGGUCUUCGCCGCGCCGCCGCCCACGAACUGCUGCACGCGCUCGGCUUCACCUCCGCCGUCUUCAAGGCACGCGGCAUGUUUGCUACCGUCCCGUCUCUGCGGGGAAAAAAGAACGUGCCGGUGCUCAACUCAUCGGCUGUGCGCGCGGCUGCAAAGGCCAAGUAUGGCAUCUCUGACACGGACAUGCUUUAUGGCGUCGAGCUGGAAGAUCAAGGCGCAGCGGGCACCUCUCUCUCGCACUGGAAGCGCCGCGCCGCGAAGGACGAGCUGAUGGCACCUGUGCUCAGUCUGGCACGCUACAGCUCCUUGUCGCUCGCGGCCAUGGAGGAUAUGGGCUUCUACAAGGUCAACUUCAGUCAGGCGGAGCCUGUUGCCCUCGGCGCCAUCGCAGGGGGUGCGCUCUUCACAGAGCCAUGCCUGACGGGCGGCACCACCAACACCCCGACGGUGUUCUGCGACAGCCGCAGCUCCUCGGCGCGCAGCUGCACAGCGGACCGGCUGAGCAUUGGACAGUGCGCCCUCACUACCUACUCCUCAGCUCUGCCAAGCUACGCCCAAUACUUUCCUAACCAGCCAACCCUCGGCGGCUCCCUGUCGCACAGCGACUACUGCCCCGUGAUACAGCCCCUCUCCAACACCGGGUGCGGUGGCGGCUCGCUAGGUGCGAUGCCGGGCAGCGUCACUGGCGGCAACGCGCGUUGCUUUGACGCAGGCGAUCUGGUUGUAAAGUCCCCAUCCACAAACGUCGGUGCCAUCUGCGCCAAGGUGCACUGCAACAACGCGUCACGCACCUAUGCCGUGCUGGUAAGCGGCGCGAGCAUCUGGCUGUCGUGCGGCGGCGGUGGCACUGGGGUGACGGUGCAGCCAGCAGUGAGUAGCCCUGGCAUGUUCAUGAAGCGCGGCACCAUUGCCUGUCCGCCCUACGACGAUGUGUGCUACGCGAACCCGCUCGCCUUUGCAGAAGUGGAAGUGAUCACCACCGCAGCGCCAUCAAACGCGGCCACAGCUGCCACGCACGGAAGGGUCACUAGUGGCCUUGUUGCUGUCGCUGCGUUGCUCGCUGCAUGGGUCUGCUGA